AUGUCUCGCUGGCACCCGUGCGAUUCCCUCUAUUCCCUCUCAAAGUUCUGUUUCAGCAUGGUUAUGGAAGAAGAGACGGAUAUUAAGCUGAAGACGCGUUUUCUCGGACAGGUACUGGUACUGUACGCUCGUCCACCUCUUGUGUUUGACACGUUCUUCACGCUGUUGAAAGAAGCAUGCCAACAACCAAGCUCUCAGCCAAUCACUGUUAAAUGGAUCGAUGAAGAUGGUGACCCGGUGUCGAUCGAUAGCCAACGAGAGUUGGAUGAAGCCGUUCGCAUCCUGCAACAAAAUGGCGAUGCAGAGCUCAAUGUGCACGUAUUCCUUGGUCAGCCGGCACUUCCAGGUUUACCUUGUGAUGGCGAGGAUCGAAACGUGUAUCGUAGAGGUGCUCGUCGGUGGAAGAAGGUAUAUUUGUUCAAUGGUCAUCGUUUCCAGGCUAAACGUCUCAAUAGGAGGAUUCAGUGUUUUAUAUGUCAUGACUACAUAUGGGGUAUUGGUCGCCAAGGCUAUAGAUGUGCCGACUGUCGCCUUUGUGUGCACAAGAAGUGCCAUCGGUUGAUCAGAUCUGCUUGCGUGGUGUUGUUUUUGGCGUAUUCUCAUUUUCAAAACUGUCCUGCUUUUCAAACGAAUAUCUAUCAAGGCAGUACCCAAAAUGGCGGGGAUAGCGGGUUGGAUAACAGUGGCUUUCAAGAGGCUGAAGUCGAUUCGUCUCAUCAGACUUCGUAUUUAACAGAUAGUCCAGUUGCGAGCAAAUGGUCUGUGUCCUUAAAUGAUUUCCGUCUUCUAACCGUCAUUGGAAGAGGGUCAUACGCGAAGGUGGUGCAAGCGGAGCAUAUUAAGACUAAGCAAGUCUAUGCUAUUAAAAUUAUAAAGAAGCAGAUGUUCAAUGAAGACGAGGACAUUGACUGGGUACAGACCGAGAAAUCUGUCUUUGAAGCUGCUUCCAAUUAUCCUUUUCUAGUCGGCUUGCAUUCGUGCUUCCAGACAGAGUCUCGGCUCUUCUUUGUUAUUGAGUUUGUUCCUGGUGGGGACCUAAUGUUCCACAUGCAGCGCCAGCGAAAGCUUCCAGAGGAUCAUGCACGUUUUUACUCCUGCGAAAUUAUCCUCGCUUUGCAUUUCCUUCAUUCACGUGGCAUUAUCUAUCGUGAUCUGAAGCUUGACAAUGUCCUCAUUGAUGCGGAGGGACAUGUGAAGUUAACGGAUUAUGGGAUGUGCAAGGAAAACAUUGGACCUGGAGAUGUCACCUCAACGUUUUGUGGUACCCCAAAUUACAUUGCCCCCGAAAUUCUUCGUGGUGAAGACUAUGGAUUCAGUGUCGAUUGGUGGGCACUUGGAGUGCUUAUGUACGAAAUGAUGGCUGGUCGUUCUCCAUUUGAUAUCGUCGGGUCUACUGGCGAUCCUGAUCAGAACACUGAAGAUUACCUUUUUCAGAUAAUUCUUGAGAAACAAAUAAGGAUUCCUCGUAGUUUAUCUGUCAAGGCUGCGUCUGUUCUAAAACAGUUUCUAAAUAAGGAUCCUUCAGAGCGUCUCGGAUGUCGACCAGAUAUUGAGGAGUCGUUGGUAGAGAUGAAAGAACAUCCAUUCUUCAAGAACUCUUUUGAUUGGGAUGCUUUGGAACAGAGGCAAGUAGCUCCUCCUUAUAACCCUUCCGUGAAGAACGAUCGUGAUCUGCAGCAUUUUGAUACUCAGUUCACAGAUGAAGCUCCGACUUUGACUCCAGAUGACCCGAAUGUCAUCGCAAAAAUUGACCAAAGCGAAUUUGAUGGAUUCGAGUAUGUGAAUCCAUUACAGAUGAGUAGAGAAGACGCCGUUUGA